CCAUGGUUCUGUAACUCGCACUCAAAUUCUCGGGCUCCAGUCUACGGAGAGCCAUUCUUCGUCCGAAGCUGCCGUAAGCAACCAAUCAAGCAGGGCCUUCGCAAGCAAGACUGCUAAAAUGGAUGGACACAAUGCGGAAGAUCCUAAGCAGAGCACUGCUGAUAUGACCGCUUUUGUGCAAAAUCUUCUCCAGCAGAUGCAAUCCAGAUUUCUGGCAAUGUCUGAGUCCAUCAUCACAAAGAUAGAUGAGAUGGGAAAGAGGAUAGAUGAGUUGGAGCACAGCAUCAAUGAUCUCAAAGUUGAGAUGAGUGUAGAGGGCUCCCCAUCUCCUUCAGCCCCCGUCAAGCAAAAGGAAGAAGCUAAGACACCCGAUGAUUAAGCUAACUUUGGUAACACCAUAUACUUUGUUGAAUUGAAUGAAGGGAUCUACAUCAGGAUUCCUUUUCCUUCUUCCUUCUUCUUUUCCUCAUUUAUAAUAUAUAACUAGAAUUUUUUGCUUCUGAGGUUGCAUGAAAUUAAGCCUUUGAACCUUAUUUUGUGAGUAAUUUAUGGAGCAUUAUGGGUGCCUUGUUUUUUUU